GAGAGAGAACCAUGAAUUUAUAGCCAACUUCACAACGUUAAUAUUGUUCCAACGUGCGUACCGGUUUUUCUCACGUAACAAUUAUUAAUAUUUCAUUAUUAUAAUUAUAUCAAUUAUUUCUUGAUUAUAACUCAAUAAAACGAGUAAUAAAUAAAGCUAUUUUAUAAAAAUGGCACAAAGCAAGUUAAAUGAUAUGGCAGGACGUUUAAGUGGUUCAGGAAUGAAUGCUGGUCUGAAAUUUUUGGCUUUGGCCGGUGCCGCUGCUUACGGAAUUUCAAAGUCAAUGUACACAGUUGAAGGUGGUCAUCGUGCAAUAAUAUUUUCACGUUUGAAUGGAAUACAAUCAGAUAUUCUCACUGAAGGAUUACAUUUUCGUAUUCCAUGGUUACAAUAUCCAAUAAUCUAUGACAUCAGAAGUAGACCAAGAAAAAUAUCAUCACCAACUGGUUCAAAAGAUCUUCAAAUGGUUAAUAUAUCAUUGAGAGUAUUGUCACGUCCAAAUGCACAAAAUUUACCAUCAAUGUAUCGUCAACUUGGUCUUGAUUAUGAUGACAAAGUAUUACCAAGUAUUUGUAAUGAAGUACUUAAAUCAGUUGUUGCUAAAUUUAAUGCAUCACAAUUGAUAACAAUGCGUCAACAAGUAUCAACUAUGGUUAGAAAAGAAUUAACUCAACGUGCUCAAGAUUGGAAUAUUGUACUUGAUGAUGUAUCAAUAACUGAAUUAAGUUUUGGUAAAGAAUAUACAGCUGCUGUUGAAGCUAAACAAGUUGCACAACAAGAAGCACAAAGAGCAGCAUUUGUUGUUGAACGUGCUGUACAAGAAAAACAACAAAAAAUUGUACAAGCUGAGGGAGAAGCUGAAGCUGCUAAGAUGUUGGGUCUUGCUAUUGGACAAAAUCCUGGUUAUCUUAAACUCAGAAAAUUACGUGCUGCACAAAGUAUUUCACGCACGAUGGCUAACUCUCAAAACAGAGUAUACCUCGAUGGAAACAAUCUCAUGUUAAACAUUCAAGAUAAUUCCUUUGAUGAAGCUGCUGAUAAAUUAAAAAAUAAGAAAUCUGUUCAUCGUGAAAAUUGGAAUGAGGCUGCAAUUGAAGCAAUCAAAUCUAUCAAAGUUGAUAAUAAUAAAAUUGACAAUAUUAAAGACAACACAAUUGAUGCAUCCUCCAAGCAUCUUCUAGAGUUGGCUGCAGAUAAGGCCAAAAACAUAUUCAUAUAAAAAAAAAAUCUGAAUAUAUUUAAUAAAAAAAUUUUAAUUAUCAAAAUCCUAUCCUUUUUCCAGUUUAUAAAUUAUUUUUUAAUAAAUAUGUAGAAUUUAUUGAGCAUCUUUUGGGAAACAUUGAUAUAUUAUUUGAUGAUACAAAAAAAUAUUACACUGGGUUGGUUCCAUUUACAUCAUACAACUCACACAUGUGAUCAGCUCAACAGUGUGUUUCAUUAUUCAUCCAUCUUGACUUGAUAUAUUUUUAAAUAAAUAAACAAAAUAAACAAACUUCAUUGACAA